CUUCACUAUUAUUAUUUUUGCCGGGACGAAUAAAAAGUCAAACUUAUUUUCAAUCUGGCGCAUUUAAAAGAUAUUUCAUAUGCAUAACUAUAAAAGUAUGUGAAAAGCGUUUACGUGUUUAAUAAAGUGUUUCCUUUUUUGUAUUUUGAUCAUUAUUAUGGCAAAGCGUUUCGAGCCAUUCAAGGAGUUCGGACGUAGCACAAAGAAGCCAAAAUUGGAUGUAAGCAUAAACAAAGGACGACCUUUGGGUCCCAGUCAGUCUUGGCCAAAUCACAUACGUUCAAAUGCUGGUGAGGUACAUGCGAAAAGUCCUGCUCGCAAUAAUGUGAACAACAAUAAUUUAUGGGACGAUGACGACGAUGAUGUUAUAUUAUUGGCCACUCAAGUAGCUGAAUCUCAAGUGGCUAUUAAAACAUCGGACACAAAUAUUACUGACAGUGAUAUUACUUUCAGUGAAUUCGCACCACAUAUCCAUGCGACCACAAGCACACAACGGCUUACAUCAGUAAAUGCUGGGCUCAAAGCCACGGUUAGUGCGCCUCCAACGAUAGAAAACAACAAUUUUUCCGAAUUAUUCGCUGAUGAUGAUGAUUUURCGGAGCUUUUAGACGUAGAUGGAAAUGGGGAAAAAGAACAAGAAAUCUUUCGAGUGCAACCUUUUGAGACAGACAAUGUAUUUAAAAAACCAAGGGCGAUAGUAAAUGGUAGAAAUGGCAUGACUAUUACAACUCCACAAGCUUCACUAGUAAAUACAGCUCAAAUAUCAGAUAGCCAGCAAGCAGCGGCAAGACGUCAAGUUGCGACGGAGCGGCAAGUAAAAAUGUUGAUGGAACGUAUAGAUGCCUUAAAAGCAGAAAAUGCUAAACUCACAAAAGAUCUCAGUGAAUCGAAGGCCAAAAUCGAGAACAAGGAUGGAGAGUCUUCUUUGCUACGCGAUGAGCUGCGUCACAUGAAGCAACAAUUACAAACAUUGAAAAUGGAAAAACUUAUGAGUACCGAAGCUGCGAAAACUGAGUGCAAAACCAAGAUUGCCGAGUUGACAAAACGUGUGGAGGCCAAGGAGUCGGAAUUAAAGUUGCGCAAAGUGGAAUACUCAGUGUUGAAGAUGCGACACGCUGAUGAGACGCAACGUUUAGAAAUGAGUAUACGCAAUGCCUUUGCAAUCGAUGUGCCUAUGGAAGAAGAUGUGCACCAAACGUCAAAAAAACAAAAUGCGCGCAUCCUGUACCGUUUACGUGAUUUUUCAUUACCCACAGAAUCAGGUGAUAUUAACAAUUCGCAUCUAACGGAAUUCAGUGCAAAUGCCUUCAAACGCACACAAGAGCGUGUCACAGGGAAACGCCAAUACACACCAUUUCAGUUGGAGUUAGACAAUGCGCAAACGCUACUGGCACAAUUACAGUUGCAACGACAGAAAGGGUCGUGGACUUCUACGGAAGCAGCUGAUUUCAAUGAACGUGCUAUCGCUUCCGCUUGCAAUGCGUUACCCGAGUUUUGGACAUAUGUUCAUGGCUUAGAGUUUCCUAAGUACUGCAAUGUGCAUCCCUAUCAUGAAUAUGAUUUGCGUAAUGAUGACUACACAAGCCCUAACCGCAAUUUACACGCCGAACAACUAUUAUGCGAGGAUGAGCGGGCAAUUAGUCUGCGUCGUUAUAUUUCAGCUUUAAGUGUAAUGUGCGGGCGAGCGCCAAAUUUUGCACAACAGCUGCUGGCGCAACAUCACGGCGACUAUGCAUUGCUGCAGGUAGCAUGUCAUGCCAUCUCAAAGUUGGGCUACUCACGCGAGAUUUGUGCGCACUUCGGCGUACUCGAGGCCUUUGCUGUUCUCUUGCGUGUGCUAUUGCGGCAAGUACGCACAGGCGAUAGCGAACACAUAGAAUUGCUGGUUGGAAGUUUACUAAAACAGCUGAUAUUUGUGAGACCGAGUGCAUGGAUAUUUUGUGAGUUAUCUCAUUGCGUGCUGGAGUUGACGCGUCUACCAACGGCUUUAGAACGAAUUUGCGUAAACAGCGAUGAGAGCACUUUUUACAGCGAUCGCAUGCGUUCGCUAUAUCGAUUCUCGAACGAUUCCUGUAUACUGCAGGUAUAUGCGGGUCUGUUGGAGAUUGCAUUUCCACUAAAUGACAUAUUGAGUGUGUCACAUAUGCACCUAUUGACCGUCAUUUGUGAAAAUCAUGUGCGUUUCGCGCACUAUUGUUUUAUGAAGCCGCCCGAUUUCAUACACAAAUUACUGCCCUCCUAUGACGAUGACGACGACGAGGAAGACGAUGAGGCGGAGCAACAGGUAGUGGAAAAGAAAGUUCAAAGUUAUAAAAGCGUUACAUGCAAAAGCAUUUCCAGUGAAAUUUCUGUAAAUAACAGUGAAAUGGGUGCGACGGUUAAUUCGUCAUCUAAUAUUGAGAGUAGGUCCAAGAAAUCAAACAAUAGUUCAACUCGCUGUGAGUGCUAUACAAAGCUGUGUUUAAGCGUUGUAACGCUGCUAUUUCAACUACUGCGACAAUGGCGGUGCACAGGUCGCAAAAUUGAAACUCCGCGUGUGGCAGAGAUUUCUCAAUUAUCCGUACAAUUAUUGCACACAAUUUUUUGUGAUAACUAUUCCACGCAUCUCUUUCGUUAUGCAGAAGAGACCACAAAGCAUUACCUCUGGCUGAUCUGUGAAUGGUGGGUGGAAAAUUCCGAACGCUUAAAAUUUAGCAGUGCACAAAAUAAUUUUCUUAAAAAGUUGCGUGAUUUCCACAUUAUGCCCAAGCAGUUAAACGAUGAGGGCAAUCCCGUCAAUGUACUUAACGAUCUAAAUGAAUGGCAUUCGCUAACCAAUGAUAGCAGAUCACGAAAUCCCGACACUUCUGUGUCUAUCGCAUUGGCUGUAGAAAAAAUGAAUAUUAUGCACUAUGCGGGUGAUGAAGCAAAUUUCUUCGAAGGCCUCAAGGGUUAUGCCUUUAAUUUUGAGUGAUUAUAUCUCGUAGUAGUGCCGUACGAUUAUUAUUAUUCCUAUAAAAAUAAAAUAAGGAGGAAUAGGACACUAAAUUUUCUUAGUGCGUGCUGUUAAACCUACAAUUAUUUUUCUAGUUGCAUAAUUUGCAAAUACGAUACUUUGUGACUAUUGUUGAAUUGUUUUUUAAUGUGUGUUAGAA